AGAGGCAGAGAGAGAGAGGGAGAGACAGAGAGAGAGAGAGGGAGACAGGUUGAGCUGAAGAGGAGCAGAACAGUGUUCGUGGCUCAGUUCGUCGUCUGCAGGAUCUGAUUGUUUCUUCCCAUAAGAGAAUCUGACGACAUGACGACGACUUCCUGAGCGAGAGAGAGAGAGAGAGAGAGACAGAGAGAGAGAGAGACAUCCUCCCCUCAGUUUCCACGGUGACGGCAUCCCUCCAUCCUCCUCCUCCAUCAUCUCUCUGUCCAGCUGCGGUCGACUCAUUGGCGUCGUCAGGAUGGGAGAUAAAGGAACCAGGGUGUUUAAGAAGGCCAGUCCCAAUGGAAAGCUCACCGUCUAUCUGGGGAAGAGAGACUUUGUGGACCACGUGGACCUGGUGGAGCCCGUCGACGGCGUCGUCCUGAUCGACCCGGAGUAUCUGAAGGAGAGGAAAGUGUUUGUGACUCUGACCUGCGCCUUCCGUUACGGUCGAGAGGAUCUGGACGUCCUGGGGUUGACGUUCAGGAAGGACCUGUUUGUGACCAACAUCCAGGCGUUUCCUCCGCUGCCGGAAGAGAAGAAGAGCCUGACUCGACUUCAGGAGCGCCUGAUUAAGAAGCUGGGAGAACUCGCCUACCCGUUCACCUUCGAGAUUCCUCUGAACCUGCCGUGCUCCGUCACGCUGCAGCCCGGACCCGAGGACACGGGGAAGGCCUGCGGAGUCGACUUCGAGGUGAAAUCUUUCUGUGCAGAAAACGUUGAAGAGAAGAUCCACAAGAGGAACUCUGUGCGUCUGGUGAUCAGGAAGGUGCAGUACGCUCCGGAGAAGGCCGGUCCUCAGCCCACGGCAGAAACCACCCGUCAGUUCCUGAUGUCGGACAAACCUCUGCACCUGGAGGCGUCUCUGGACAAGGAGAUUUAUUAUCACGGUGAACCAAUCAGCGUCAACGUCCACGUCACCAACAACACGAACAAGACGGUGAAGAAGAUGAAGAUCUCAGUGCGACAGUACGCAGACAUCUGCCUGUUCAACACGGCUCAGUACAAGUGUCCGGUGUCCAUCGAGGAGUCAGAUGACGUCGUCGCUCCGAGUUCCACCUUCUGCAAAGUCUUCACGCUCACGCCGUUCCUGGCCAACAACCGGGAGAAGCGCGGCCUGGCGCUGGACGGGAAGCUGAAGCACGAGGACACCAACCUGGCGUCCAGCACGCUGUUGAGAGACGGAGCCAACAAGGAAAUCCUGGGAAUCAUUGUGUCCUACAAAGUCAAGGUGAAGCUGGUGGUGUCGCGAGGCGGGCUCCUGGGAGAUCUGGCCACCAGCGACGUGUCUGUGGAGCUGCCGUUCACACUGAUGCACCCGAAGCCGUUAGAGGAGUCGAUCUACAGAGACGCUCCAGACGAUUCUCCCAUCGACACAAACCUCAUUGAGUUUGACACAAAUGACGAUGACAUCGUCUUUGAAGACUUUGCCCGCCAGCGGCUGAUCGGGGCCAAAGACGACGAAGACGAGGAGCCGGUGGAUUCGCCCAAACUUGACGACAGAUAGAGGCGACGGGCGACGAGCGUCGGCGUCGCGUGGAGCCGUCGGAGGUCACCGUGAGGUCACGGCACAGACUUCCUGCAGACGCUCGGCGUCGGCGUGUUUGUGUCUCGUUCGUGUUCGUCCUCUCUACGUCCUGCGGCUGUGACCAGCUACAAACCACAGCCUCCACAUCAGUUGUGUUUAGAGAUGGAGCCGCUCGCCACCGCCCUCCAAAGCGGCGCAGCGGCGCCUCGGCGUCAAAAUGCCGGCGGUUAGCAUGCCUCACUUUGUUCUACGUGUUUCCAUUAGGGGGCUGACAGGAGUAACGUUCGAUGUGUCGCAACAGAGGGUUUAACAAACAACAACACUGCCAACGUGACGUGGGACCGUUCACCACGACGCGGACUCUGUGGGACGUCCCCACCUCAGACUGUCAGAGCGCCACCUAUCAGCCGAGAGGAGGCGGCGGCCUCCUUUGCAUGAAACACGUCGACACCUACGAAUUAUUAAUGUCAUGAAUAAUCAACCUGAUGUUACAGGAGGUAACGUUUCCAUGUCGGAUCAUUUUCCAAACCUUCGUCAGACUUUCAGCUGCUGCGUUCACUGACCUCCCGUAACAAAGACGUGAAUCAUUCAACAUCCUGUUACUUUGACAUCUAAACCUCUUUUCUCUUCCUGUAAUACACUGUCAGCUGUUUCAUGACAUCAUCCUUCACUCAUUCUAUGGUCCAAUCAAAAGGGUGUCUGGAGUUUUAAGCGCCUCCUCCUCGACACUGUCCUGUCGUCAUCACGACCACUGUUCAGCUGAUUGUUACUGUCAACUCUGCUGCUAUUGGCUGCUGGAAACGCCGAUCAACAAUCGAUAUCCACCACAGUUGCUCCAUAGAAUCAAACGUCCUACUCAGUCCUUUUCUCUUCUCCCCAUCUUCGAUUCCUCCGACAUCAUGUCUGUGACGUUCUUCUGUCGCUCUGUCGACACACAAGCUUUUUCUUAUGGCGACCUGCUAGUUCCGCCUCUGCUCGUUGGCGUGUGGUGUAUGUCGUAAAAGCGUGACAUUCAGGGAGCUGUGGGAACGACAGGGGCGAUAUUCUCGCUAAUGUCAAAAUGAUUCUGAAGACAUUACUUUCAGAUUUAAAAGAAAAACACAUCAUGUUUUUAAAGCGCCAGUGUGUCAUCUUUGUAAUUUUCUGGCACCAUCUGGUGGUAAAGUUGCAAACCGCAACCUACUGAGCGACCGACAGGGGACACUUUAUGGUGUUGCACCGCUGAUUCCAUCUCCGGGUUCCGUCAGCGUCUGA